AUGAUUGGUAUGCUCAAUAUCGGGAAUGAAAAUAUGGUUGAUUUUUACGCAAGUCCUUCGAAAGCAGUACUUUUCAGACAAAGAAGUAAAAGCAUGGUGGAAUAUACGGUUGAUGGUCGCUCAUUUAUUAAUGGCAAACCUUUACAUGAGCAUACAUCCCAGGAAAUGUGGAACAAUAAUACUGACGCUGGGGAUAGCGGAUGUCAUAAGGAUUGCAGCAAUAAUAUAGAAAAACAAACCGAAGAGAAAUGGCGUUUUAUUCUUACAAGGGCUUACGAUGAAUGGCGAAGAAAGCUAAAUGCAAUAAAAAAUCUACGAGAUAACAGUUUGGAUGCCAUUAACCUAAAUCGGGUUCGUUCUGCAAGUUGCAUCACCUGUGUUUACUGCAAAUAG